UCAAAAUAUUCUUGAUACCUACUCUUGAUAGAAAAAGUAGGCGUUUUGUAUUGAUAAACUUUUUAUUUAGAAACUAAGUAUAAUAUGAAAAAGGAAUAAUUUCUAAAUAACGAAAACUGUAGUUAACAUAUAAUUAUCCAAGAUGAUGAACCAAUAUAUAAAAGAGUUAGAACAGGAUCCGUUCGAUCCUGAUGAAUUUGUGGAGAGAAUGGUGAGAAGGAGCAUGCAAGAGUCGCGUUUACAAGACGACCAAUUUGAUCCUGAAAUGAUACAUGACAUUUUUACUCAAGCCAUACAAGAUCUGAAGGUCUUACAAGAAAGACAAGAAAGGAAAUGUGCAAGACUGGAGCAAUCUGUUCAGGAAGAGGAGAAGCUAUAUGGUGCUAAACUAGCUGAAAUCAUGGAUCAACAUACUCAUUGUGUAGGAGUGUUCAGUGCUCUAGAUGAGCGUAUGUCGCGUUGUGGGGGGCGUGCCUUAGACGUCGGCGAGAAGUUGGGAGCUGCGCGUGCGCCGCGGGCGAGGGCUGCGGCCGCCAGGGAUCUGUUGUCACAUCUGUCACACUUCCUAAGCCCUGGACCUGUGUUAAUUGAUUUGUUCAAUGAUUCUAGCAAGUUAAACGAAGCAGCAGAUGUAAUACAGAAACUUCACACAAUCGCUCAAGAGUUGCCACCGGACAAAUUCGAAGUUGCCAAGAAGAAAAUAGAAGCGAAGUAUGAUGAAAUCGAAAGGAACCUCAUUGAAGAGUUUGUGAAGGCCCAGAAUCAAGGCAAUAUGACCAAGAUGAAGGAAAUAGCUAAUAUUAUGACCAACUUUAAGGGAUACUCGCAAUGUGUCGAUGCCUUUAUUGAAACUAGUCAGAUGAACACACUACUGGGCAAGGACAUAUUCUCCGCAGUACUGCCUCUAUGCAAGAAGAACUACACCAUCAUCAGCAAUGUGUUCCCCAACCCUGACCAGGUGAUGAGCAAGUUUGUGCUGAACAUCUUCCACCUGAAGCUGCAAAAAUACAUCCAAACUAAACUCGCUGAUAAAAACGAUGUGGAGAAAUAUUUGAGGAAUCUUUAUGAUAUGUAUACUAGUACGCAGCGAGUAUGCGACGAGUUAGUACUAGCUGGUCUAGUGUCCGCAGAAGGUAAUACAACCACAGGCGACCUCCGUAGAGACGCACUUGUCAAUGGUGCCAUGGCCGGCGCCAACGAUGGAUACGCGUCUUUAGAAAUACGAAGACUUAAAGCUACGAUGUCCAACGCUUUGAACACAUACUAUACAGAGAAGCAACAUGUUAAAAAGCCUAUACAGGGUGGUGGGUUCCAAGAAUUAAGGCGUGAGCUUCAAGCACGGACGAAUAUCAAUAUAGCACAGAUAGAAAACUAUGGAGGGGAGACCUUCCUAAGCGAACAACUUGUUCAAAAGAUGAUCACCGAUGCUAAGACUUCUUUUACGAGAUGCAAGACUCUGUGCACUGCAAACGAGCUGUCAGGCACCACUGUAGCAUUACUAGAAGUGGUAAUACAACACCUACUUAUUGAACAUGUGGAUUACGCACUCGAUUUGGGCUUGCAGUCCAUUCCAAUAGCCGAUAGCAAGUCGCCACCACCACAGAUUUAUUUCUUCGACAUCGUGAAGCAAGCGAAUAAAAUUGUUAGAAUGUUUGAAGAACAUUAUCAAGAAUCUGUUCUGACGUGCAUAACUUCAGCAACAAAACAGAAUGAUUGCAUGCAAAAGAAGACUGCUAUAAUGGAGCAGCUUGAGAACAAGCUGGAUGUUGGCUUGGAUCGGGCUAUUUCGGCUAUUGUAAACUGGGUCAGGAUGCACCUUCAGAAUGAACAGAAGAAAACUGACUUCAAGCCAGAAGGAGAUAUUGAUACGCUUGCGUCAUCGGCGUGUCUGGCAGUGGUCAAUUACCUGAACAACAUAAUGGAUAAGAUCCAUGGGGGCCUGGAAGGAGACAACCUUCACGCAGUCACCUUAGACUUAGCCGUCCGACUACACAGGAUCAUAUAUGAGCAUCUCCAGAACUACCAGUUCAAUUCUGCUGGUGCAAUGAUAGCUAUCUGCGACGUGAAGGAGUACCGCAGCGCAGUAUGCGGUCGCGGCGCGCGCGCGGCCCCGGCGCCCGCGCACGCUCUGUUCGACGCACUGCACGCACUCUGCAACCUACUGCUCGUCAAACCUGAAAACCUUCACCAAGUCUGCGAGGGUGAAACUCUUGCGGAAUUGGACCAUUCGAUACUAAACAACUUCAUUCAACUUCGUGCGGACUACAAGAGCCACAAGCUGUCCAGCUUCCUCAAAGGACUUUCGUAAACAAUAACUAUUGUAUAGGAAGAGACACCGUAACUUAUUGACUAGUUAGUAUACAAAGGAUGUUGAACCGUUUUGUGAAAAAAUUUUUAUGUAUUAUUUUUGUUAAAUGUAGUAAAUAGUGAGAUAUUCUAUCAUAGUAAGAAGGAGGUAGAUAUCGCUUUACUUUAAUAAUAAUUUUAUUUUAACGUGAACUUAUACUUGUUGCACUAAAAUAGAAAUCAUGUAUUUAUUGUUUAUAUGUAAGGUUUAAGUUACGGUGUCGCUUCCCCUUCGUAUGGCUAAAAGGUUUGUAGAAUUCAUAGUAAUUGACUGAAUAAAAAGGUCAUAACGAACAAGUCAAAGACAAUCGCUUACUUAAGUAUUUAUACUGUAUUACAUAUCUAAGUGAUAUAUUGUUGCUUUGUAUAGUCAGAAAAACAUAAGUUUAUAAAAGUAUUAAAAUAUUUAAAUUGUAA